AUGGUGGAGAUGCUUAGUUUAGAGGAACUUGAAGAAGUGGCAGCUACUAUGAGGGGCAUAUGGACUAGAAGGAACAACACUCUUCAUGGUAAAGACUUCAAACAUCCAACUGCUCUCCACCAACUGGCCAAGGUAGAACUGGUAGCAUACAGGGAAACUCUCACAGAGGAGCUAGUUGUCAAUCCCACAGCUCAUGUAGGGACUCCAAAGUGGUUAAAGCUUGAGGUUGGUUCUUUUAAAGUCAACUGGGAUGCGGCUGUAAAUCAAAGGGAAGGGCAUAUAGGAAUUGGAGUGCUCAUUAGAGAUCACCAAGGUUUCCCUAUUGGAAGCCUACAGGCACACAGAUCCUUCAAAGGAACCCCUUUCAAUGCUGAAGCCUAUGGCAUACUCCUAGCAGCAGUUUUCUGCAAAGAGCUUGGCAUAACACAAUGUCUGUUGGAGGGGGAUUCAAAGCAAGUAGUAGAUUUAAUGAACCAUCAUCCAAAGAACUGGAGUUUGGGUGGCUGUCUGGUGGAAGAUGCAAGGGUGGUACUAAAUUCUUUUGCUUGA